AUGUCGUCCCUUUUGUCCUUUGUUGGGUGGGCUGUGCUUCCAAAUUAUGUGACCUCAAUACUCCAGAAUGUCUACUAUGGAAUCACAAUCCGCGCCGGGGAACCGCGACCCCAGCCGCCGUCGCCGCGUUAUGCUCGGCAUCGCCGUCGGAUUUUCAUCCUAGUCGUCACGAGCUAUCUCCUGUACACACUCUACGAAACAUUUCAUCAAGUUCAGGUCACCGGCGAUUUCUACCGGGUUCUUGGUGUCUCUCCCUUGGCCGACGAGAGGACUAUCAAGUCGCGAUUUCGGCGGCUGGCAGCCCAACAUCACCCGGACAAGCGGGGCUACGGGGAUGGUGGCCCAUCCGACGAUUACUUUGUAUAUCUGAAGCUGGCACAGGAUACAUUGUUGGACCCUGCCAAGCGAUUCGCAUACGACCGCUUUGGCCCAGAUAUGCUGUCCUGGGGUGAUCGGAAGACGAUGCAGGACUUUCUGUUUGCUGGGUUGCAGCGAUCGGUGCCGCAGUAUGUGGUUGGAUUACUGACUAUCAUUGUUCUGAAUUUUACUUAUUGGUCAAACUGGGGUCGCUAUUGGCGUUUCUUCACCUUCGCUGCGCUCAUCACGCUCGAAGCAGCCCUGGUCACUCGCCCUAAAGCUCUUUUCAUGCCUGGUCUCUAUAUUCCACCGGCCGUCCGAAGCUUGCUGGGGUUCUCUCCCACUUUCUACCUCUUACCCUUCCAGAUCUUGACGCUGGCGCAGCGCGCUUCAGUCACUCUACAUAUAUUCAUCUCCCAGCUGACGCCGCCAGAAGUGAGCAAGGGAUCGUCGUCUGCGCCAGGCGAGCGUAUCCAUCCACAGACGAUGCAACGACUCGCGCAGCUGGGUCAACUCUCCCGCGCUACGGACGGUGAGGCGACACGGCUUCUUCAGCUGGGCCUUGCUCCCUUCCGAGGAGACCGGGAAGGGACUGCAACCUUGCGAAAGGGAAUGAAGGAGGGUCUGGUGCUGAGCAGUGUGAGGGCCAGUCCAGAAGUUCAGCAGGCUAUAGCGCAGGUAAUGGAGCGCAAGAAGCCGGAAAAGAAUGGCGAGGCUGAUUGA